CUAAUUAAACAUGUCCAGAAGCCUUGUAGCGUUGCGGACAAUCUGUGUCCAGUAACUACUACUGACGCUGAGCUUUUUUGUGCAUGCAUAGAAGAGAACCUAUUUGAUAUCGACCUCAAAACAAAAAUCGCUCAACUUUUGCAGAUGCGGAAGCUGAGAGACAGUGGGGACCGUACCUACUCCGUGAAAUAUUGCCGAAUAAGUCCCGAACAGUUCGAUAUUUUGCAGAGACUGGUCGAAAAGGACCUAACAAAGGCUCACUUGUGCAGAGAGCCAAUAUCUUCAGCAGAGAGGUUGGCAUUUACACGGAGGUAUCUCUCGUCUGGAAUAGACUUCAAAGAUAUUGCAAUGGCCUAUAGGGUUGGUAUAGAAACAGCUCGAGAGGCCAUUCAUUUAACCUGCGGUGUCCUGUGGGCGAAACUUAAGGACUUGUACAUGAAGCCGCCAAGUCCGACAGAAUGGGCAGAGAUCUCAAAGGGUUUUGCAGAGCGAUGGCAGCUCCCCAACUGCAUUGGGGCUGUCGAUGGAAAGCAUGUCAGGAUUGUAGCACCAAAGCGCACUGACUCCCUGUACUACAACUAUAAGGUUCCUUUCACUUGUGCUCUAACAAGCUACGAGGCCAGGACAACUGCGUGCGUUCAGUGGUUCAGCAAACAGGGCGCGUUUUCUGUAGUGUUGAUGGCUGUCGUGGACAGCCAUUACAGAUUCGUGGUCAUCGACGUUCCCAGAUAA